UCAUAUUGUACAUAUACACCGACCGGCUGCCCCAGAUUCUCCUUCCCUCCACCACCCACCCUUCUUCCCCCUCAUCAUCAUCAUCUACUACUGCCUCCUUUUCUUCCCCAUCCUCUUCUUUUCUUCUCCCACCCUUCAUCUUCUUUGAAUUGUAUCACAAUGGCCAACUACGCCCUCCCCCAGUCCCACAAGGACCUCAUGGAGAAGUCUUUGAUCGAGACGGACGAUGAGGUUGCCAAGAUCAUGGAGAGGGAAAUCCAGCGUCAACGCGAGUCAAUCCUCCUCAUCGCCUCCGAAAACGUCACAUCCCGCGCUGUCUUUGAUGCUCUCGGUUCGCCCAUGUCCAACAAGUACUCCGAGGGAUACCCCGGCGCCCGGUACUAUGGUGGCAACGAGCACAUUGACGCCGUCGAGUUGCUUUGCCAAAAGCGUGCCCUCGAGACUUUCGGCCUGGACCCGGAGAAGUGGGGAGUCAACGUACAGUGCUUGAGCGGUAGCCCCGCCAACUUGCAGACAUACCAAGCCAUCAUGAGGCCUCACGAUAGGCUGAUGGGCUUGGAUCUUCCUCACGGUGGCCACUUGAGUCACGGCUACCAAACCCCUCAGAGAAAAAUCUCCGCUGUCUCUACUUACUUUGAAACCUUCCCCUACCGCGUCAGCCUCGAGACCGGCCUCAUCGAUUACGACCAGUUGGAGCAAAAUGCUCUCAUGUACCGCCCCAAGGUUCUCGUUGCCGGAACUUCGGCCUACUGCCGUGAGAUCGACUAUGCCCGCAUGCGCGAAAUCGCCGACAAGGUUGGCUGCUACCUCAUGAUGGACAUGGCCCACAUCUCUGGUCUCGUCGCCGCUGGUGUGAACGCUUCCCCCUUCCCAUACUGCGAUCUCGUCACCACCACCACCCACAAGUCGCUCCGUGGUCCCCGUGGUGCCAUGAUCUUUUUCCGCAAGGGCGUUCGUAAGACAGAUCCCAAGUCCGGCAAGGAGACUUUGUACGAUCUUGAAGGCCCCAUCAACUUCUCCGUCUUCCCUGGUCACCAGGGUGGUCCCCACAACCACACCAUCACUGCCCUUGCUGUUGCUCUCAAGCAAGCUCAAACAGACGACUUCAAGAAAUACCAGCAACAGGUCAUCAAGAACGCCAAGCAGCUCGAGAACUCCUUCAAAGAGCUCGGCUACAAGCUCGUCACGGACGGUACCGACAACCACAUGGUACUUCUUGACUUGAAGCCGCUCGCUCUCGACGGUGCCCGUGUUGAGGCCGUUUUGGAGCAAGUCAACAUUGCUUGCAACAAGAACACCACCCCCGGUGACAAGUCUGCACUCACCCCCAUGGGUAUCCGUAUUGGCGCACCCGCCAUGACCUCGCGUGGCUUGGGCGAGGAGGAGUUCAAGAAGAUUGCCCAAUACAUCGACACUUGCAUCAAGCUGUGCAAGAAGGUGCAGGGCGAGCUUCCCAAGGAAGCCAACAAGCUCAAGGACUUCAAGGCCAAGGUAGCUGGUGGCGAGGUGGACGAAAUCAACAACCUCAAGAAGGAGAUCGCCGCCUGGGCUGUCACCUUCCCGCUUCCCAUCUAGGCGUGGGACGUCGGGGCGGCGAUGCCGGUACACACUGCUGAGUGCCCGUCGUCGUGUUCGUGCUUGUGCUUGUGUUCGGGAGCGCCGGCGAUCAAUUUGUCGCCGCAAUAUCAUGGCGUUGGGCGGGCUCUUCAACAUAAAGGUCCUUUCUUUUCUCUUUCUGGGUUUCAUCAACCUCGUUUUUUUUCGCAUCAUGAGCAUCGGCAGGAAAAGGAGGUUCUUCCU